CUUGGCCCGACCUAAAAGCCCCAAACCUCUCAUCUCUUCUCGCCAGGAAUGUCGAACGCGACUGAAGCUCUCCAUCGCAGGCUGACGCAAUUAUCGGAGUCGUUACUCGCCCAUCUCUCUACUACACCAUACGCGCCACCUGAAGGCUCAGCCGUCUCCGUGAAAUUCGUCCUCCAGUCUCUCCUACGCAACCCUUCAUCCGGCGCCGGGGAAUCGCAGCUCCAGGAAUCAAUCAGGAAUUUUGUUCUGGCAUCGGCCUUGCUUUCCGCGUCCGAAUCCUCCACUCACGAGUUGCUCUCAUGGAUUCCCCGUCAGCUCGCUGCAGCUGCUGCCGCCUCUUUCCGCGAUCUCUCUGAUGUGUAUUGCCACGGCAAUGACAAGAGGUUGGUGGCGGAGUUAGCGCCGGAGGUUUUGCUGUUGUUGAAGGACAGGAUAAAGGAGAGUUCUAUCGAUAAAGGUACCGAUGGUGAUGAAGUCUCCGCCGCUUCGGCUAGGGUUCCGGUUGGAUUUGCUAUUCUGGCUGCUUAUCAGCUUAGAUGGUUUGUUACUCAGAUUGAUAAGUUGAACUUGGGGAAACUCUGCAAUUUGGUGAUUCCAUGUGCAUUGACUGCUCUUGAUCAUUGGUCAACGGAGGUGAAGGGCCAAGGGAUGAUAUGUUUCAUUCAUCUAGGGAAGAACGUGAAUUCUGCCGAGUUUGGUGUUUACCAGGAUGUCAUUCUUGAUGCUUGCUGCAAUAACAUUGCAUCUGCUGAUGAAAUAUGGCAUCUUGUGGUGGAAAUGUCUGUGCUUCUGGUGUCGAGCAUCCACCAAAGUAAUCCAAGAAGCCAUUGGUAUGAGAGGAUACUAGGCGAGAUGCUUAGUCACCUGGAGCGUCAGCCAAGAAAUAAGGAACGCCGUGUUGCUUGGCUGACAUUCAUAGAACCACUCUUCCAAAGCAUGGGUCUUGUGUUAUUGGCUCAUUUCAGGAGGCUUUUCCCACUUUUCUUCAAGUGGAUACAUGCCGAUGAUGAUGAAACUGUCCUUCUGGUUCUGAAACGGGUUCAUACAGUCUUGAAGUUAACAUGGAUAAGAAAUACACCAUAUAUCAUGAGAUUGGUGGAUGAGCUUGUUGCUUUGCACAAGGAAGCAGCAUUAAGAGUAUGCCGUGAAGAAAUUAGGACGAGUAUACUUGAGGUCCUGCUCUUACUGAAGCAAUGCAAGGGGCAGCAGUUCACGGCGGCCUGGGAAAAGCACAGGGAUGACUCAAAUCUAGCAGCUUUGUGUUUAUCUUUAACUGAAAUCUCCAUUGAUGAGGAGAGUUCCACCAGCAACACCUUGAGGAGUGACAGCCCACAAAACUGCCUGCAACUACUAACUACCCACUAAGUUGCUGGAGAACUCGAUGUGUCCUCCACUAGACUUCAUUUAUUAAUUACAAAGUAAUAGUAAUAAAGGUAACUCAAUAUCUUUGGCUAACAUUAUGCAGAAGUAGAUAGAAAGCCAAGAGAGAUCAAGUUAAUAUCACUGGAACGGUGAACUCCUGAGUAAGUCUUUCAUCAUAAAUUUAAUCAAUAUGACAAAUGUUAAUAACAAACUCUGAUUGUAUGAGGGGGAUGAUUGAAUUCUACAAUCUUUCCUAAAAGAAUAUAAAGUAAAAAAGAGUAAAUGAUAUUCUUCCUCUACAAAACCCAGGCAGGGAGUAAUAGAGAGAUAACUCAUCAAAGUCUCUUAUUGAGCCCUUUGUUUUCUACUAUUCUUUUCUUUUUUAACUUUCAUUUUUCAUCUGGCUAACAUCCUGCAGCUGUUGCUGAUACAAAGUGGAAAACCCUA